CGCUUACACAGUAUGGCCGGCGACAUUAGCUAGCGCUCGCUCUACUCUCUCUAACGGGGAAGCAGCGGACUACAAGAGACUGAACUGUAUCUGCCUCUAUUUCCAACAGACUCACGUUCAACUUUCGCUCACGAAAAGCCGGGGAAAUUUUACUAGUCCUUUUUUUAAAAAAAAGUUAAUAUAAAAUUAUAGCAAAAAAAGGAACCUGAACUUUAGUAACACAGCUGGAACAAUCCGCGGCGGCGGCGGCGGCGGCGGGAGAAGAGGUUUAAUUUAGUUGAUUUUCUGUGGUUGUUGGUUGCUCGCUAGUCUCACGGUGAUGGAAGCUGCACAUUUUUUCGAAGGGACCGAGAAGCUGCUGGAGGUUUGGUUCUCCCGGCAGCAGCCCGACGCGAACCAGGGGUCUGGGGAUCUCCGCACCAUCCCGAGUGAGAGUAGCAUGUUUGUCUCCAAGAGACGUUUCAUUUUGAAGACAUGUGGUACCACCCUCUUGCUGAAAGCGCUGGUUCCCCUGUUGAAGCUUGCUAGGGAUUACAGUGGGUUUGACUCAAUUCAAAGCUUCUUUUAUUCUCGUAAGAAUUUCAUGAAGCCUUCUCACCAAGGGUACCCACACCGGAAUUUCCAGGAAGAAAUAGAGUUUCUUAAUGCAAUUUUCCCAAAUGGAGCAGCAUACUGUAUGGGACGUAUGAAUUCUGACUGUUGGUACUUAUAUACUCUGGAUUUUCCAGAGAGCCGGGUAAUCAGUCAGCCAGAUCAAACCCUGGAGAUUCUGAUGAGUGAGCUUGACCCAGCAGUCAUGGACCAGUUCUACAUGAAAGAUGGUGUUACUGCAAAGGACGUCACUCGUGAGAGUGGAAUUCGUGACCUGAUACCAGGUUCUGUCAUUGAUGCCACACUGUUCAAUCCUUGUGGGUAUUCAAUGAAUGGAAUGAAAUCGGAUGGAACUUAUUGGACUAUUCACAUCACUCCAGAACCAGAAUUUUCUUAUGUUAGCUUUGAAACAAACUUAAGUCAGACCUCCUAUGAUGACCUGAUCAGGAAAGUUGUGGAAGUCUUCAAACCAGGAAAAUUUGUGACCACCUUGUUUGUUAAUCAGAGUUCUAAAUGUCGCACCGUACUUUCUUCACCUCAGAAGAUUGAAGGUUUUAAGCGUCUUGAUUGCCAGAGUGCUAUGUUCAAUGAUUACAAUUUUGUUUUUACCAGUUUUGCUAAGAAGCAGCAACAACAGCAGAGUUGAUUAAGAAAAAUGAAGAAAAAACGCAAAAAGAGAACACACGUAGAAGGUGGUGGCUGCUUUUUAGAUGUUGAUACCGGAGGCCAUGCUUUCUAUAGCUGCCACCUUGUAGUUGCAGAAAGCCCUAGAUGUAAUGAUAGUGUAAUCAUUUUGAAUUGUAUGCAUUAUUAUAUCAAGGAGUUAGAUAUCUUGCAUGAAUGCUCUCUUCUGUGUUUAGGUAUUCUCUGCCACUCUUGCUGUGAAAUUGAAGUGCAUGUAGAAAAAACCUUUUACUAUAUGAAACUUUGCAACAUUUGUGAAAACUCAAAUUGGUUUAUGCAGAGUGUAAUAUUUCUCCAGGUAUCGUCCAAAAUUCCCCACAGACAAGGCUUUCGUCCUCACUAGGUGUUGGCCUCAGCCUAUCUGGGACUGUUCUAUUAAAUUGCUGCCAGAAUUUUACAUCCAGUUACCUCCACUUUCUAGAACAUACUCUUUACUAAUGUUAUUGAAACCAGUUUCUACUUCAUACAGAUGUUUUUUGCAACAGCAAUUAAAAGUUUUCUUC